CUCACCACCCCCAUUCCUCCACUCCUCCCCGCUCUCCCCCAACCCGGUGGUAUCGUCCGACGGUAAAGAAGAGAGAGCGCAGUUGUCGGCUGCAGGUCUCUCGGAGAGGAACGCGCAGCGGCUGAGGAAACAAGACUAGAACCCGUCUCUAUUCUGGCUCCACAGCUUAAAAACUGCGACUGUGAUUCUCUUCUUAUCUCUACCUGGCAUUCUCAUCAACUUAGGGAAUACAAACAUCUUACAAGAAUCAAUUUGAAAAGGACAGACGGCCCUCACAGCUCCCCAUGCCUACACCCCAGUGAUGCUUAGCUGCUGUAUCCCGGAGGCCCAGCUUGACAGCUAGAGGAGAGGUCAUCACCAUGACUGCGUCCUCACAGGACUCCGCCCCCUCGUCUAUGGCUGGCCUCUUCCUACUCCUUCUCCUCCCGGCUGUUUUCACGCAGAACUCCGCUGUCCCAACGACCCCGACCCCAUCCUCGUUGGACCCCCUGACCCAUCCGGAGUGCACAAAGAAAGAACAUCCAAAGGUUUCCAUCAGAGCGCUCAGUCCGUGGAUUUCAUCCUUCUCCCACCCUGGUGUGAGAGACUACUCCCAGCUCACCCUUGACCUGACUAGGAAUGAGCUUAUUGUGGGUGCCAGAAACUACCUUUUCAGACUGGACCUCAGUAACCUGUCACUGAUACAGGCGACAGAAUGGGCACCGGACGAGGAGACCAGGGGGUCCUGUCAGAGCAAAGGCAAAACAGAGACCGAAUGUCAGAACUACAUCAGAGUCCUGCUGGUGAACAAGACGGAGGUCAUAACGUGCGGAACCAAUGCUUUCCAGCCGCGUUGUAUCACCAGAGAGGUGGGCAACUUGAGCAGCGUGCUGGAGAGUGUGAACGGCGUGGCCCGCUGCCCGUACGACCCUCGUCACAACUCCACGGCGGUGGUGACGGAGAGCGGAGAGCUGUAUGCCGCCACUGUCAUCGAUUUCUCCGGCCGUGACCCCGUCAUAUACCGGAGCUUGGGCGGCAUGCCACCGCUCCGGACUGCCCAGUACAACUCCAAAUGGCUGAAUGAGCCCCACUUUAUCUCAGCCUACGACAUCGGCCUCUUCACCUUCUUCUUCCUGAGGGAGAAUGCAGUGGAGCACGACUGCGGCAAGACGGUGUAUUCCCGCGUGGCGAGGGUCUGCAAGAACGACAUCGGCGGGCGAUUUCUCUUGGAGGACACUUGGACCACGUUCAUGAAGGCGAGGCUCAACUGCUCUCGCUCCGGGGAGAUCCCCUUCUACUACAACGAGCUGCAGAGCACCUUCUACCUGCCCGAGCAAGACCUUAUCUACGGCAUCUUCACAACCAAUGUUAUUGCAGCAUCUGCAGUGUGUGCCUUCAACUUGAGCGCCAUCACCCAGGCCUUCAACGGGCCUUUCCGCACCCAGGAGAAUCCCCGUUCCACUUGGCUUCCCACGCCCAACCCCAUCCACAAUUUCCAGUGCGGUACUAUUGAUGACAAGGGUCUGAAUCAGGGCUUGACAGAGCGCAGUCUGCAGGACGCCCAGCGGCUUUACCUCAUGAACGAUGUUGUCCAGCCGGAGUCUAUUGAUCCGCUGGUCAUGCAGGAUGACGUUCGCUUCUCAAACCUAGUCGUGGACAUUGUUCAGGGCAUGGACACCCUCUUCCAUGUUAUGUACAUCAGCACAGAGUACGGCACCAUCCUGAAGGCACUGGCUACCCCCAACAAGAACCUGCAAGGCUGUUACCUGGAGGAGAUGGAGCUCUUCCCAUCAGGUGUUCGAGAACCAAUCCUGAGCCUGCAGAUCCUGCAUAGUGACAGGUCACUCUUUGUUGGGCUCAACAACAGAGUCCUGAAGAUCCCGCUGGAGAGAUGCUCCACCUACAAAACUGAGACACUGUGCUUGGAGGCGAGGGACCCUUACUGCGGCUGGGACUUUAGGCAGCGCAGAUGCACCACGUUGGAGGACAGUUCUAACAUGAGCCAGUGGAAGCAGAACAUCACCGUUUGUCCGCUGCGGAACCAGACCAUCGACGGCGGCUUCGGGCCCUGGGCACCGUGGCAACCCUGCAACAAUGAUGAUGUUGUGGAUGGUGUGAGCUCCUGUUUGUGUCGCUCCAGAUCUUGUGACAGUCCUGCUCCUCGGUGUGGAGGCAAAAACUGCGAGGGCCCCACCAUUGAGGUGUCAAACUGUUCAAGAAAUGGAGGCUGGACACCCUGGUCGUCAUGGGGACAGUGUAGCACAACCUGCGGUACAGGCUUCGAGCUGCGCCAGCGUUCUUGUAACAACCCCUCACCUCGCCAUGGUGGCCGUGUGUGUGUCGGGCCUAGCAGGGAUGAAAGGUUCUGCAAUGAAGGGGUGUCCUGUCCUCAGCCUAUCUUCUGGACCCCAUGGGGCUCCUGGACCAAGUGCAGCACCGAGUGCGGUGGAGGUGUCCACUCCAGGGUCCGCACUUGCGAGAAUGGCAACAGCUGCCCAGGAUGUGCAUUGGAGUACAAGGCCUGUAACCUGGAGGCCUGUCCAGAGGUGAAGAGGAACACACCUUGGACACCCUGGAUGCCCGUCAAUGUCACUCAGGGAGGAGCUCGUCAAGAGCAGAGGAUGCGCUACAUGUGCAGGGCCCACCUGUCUGAUCCUCACGAGCUGCAGAUUGGACGGAAGAAGGUGGAGACGCGCUUCUGUCCUAACGAUGGCACAGUGGCCUGUGAGACAGAUACCCUUGUCGAGGAACUCCUCAAGACUCCAGUGGUGAGAGUGUCGGGCACAGGCUGGUCAUCAUGGGAGACCUGGUCAAGCUGCUCACACAGUUGCGCAAAAGGUUAUCGCACCCGUCGGCGAACCUGCUCUGGCCCAGAGGGGAAGAGUGCCCCUGUGGCCUGCCGUGGCUCGCCUGUGGAGUAUCAGGACUGUAAUGUCCAGGCAUGUCCAGUGAACGGUGCCUGGUCCUGCUGGUCGUCCUGGUCUCAGUGCUCAGUGGGUUGCGGUGGCGGGCACUACCAGCGGACACGCUCCUGUAACAGCCCCGCGCCUUCCAAUGGUGGAGACAUUUGCAUAGGACUGCACACUGAGGAAGCCCUAUGCAACACACACCCUUGCGAUGGUGGUUGUGCAGAACGAAUGGAGCAGAGAGCAGAGCAGCUUGUUGGUGAGCGUCCGCCUGAUAGGAAAGGUGGCUGGAUGGCCUGGUCGCUGUGGUCGGCCUGUGAUGACUCAGGCCUGCAGAUGAGGAGUCGUGUGUGUGGUGCUCAGGGCAACACCCCCUGUGUGGGGAACAGCACUCAGCGUAGAGACUGCAAUGAAAUACCUGUCAUUCUCCCUGCAUCUGGUUUUGAUAAGGACCAACACUGUGGAGCAUUUACCUCCAUCCACCUAAUUGCCACUGGUGUUUCCUGUUUCCUUGGGGCGGGGCUGCUAUCUUUCCUGAUCUAUGUGUACUGUCAACGUUUCCACAAGCCUUCUCAAGAGUCUGCCAUCAUUCAUCCCACCACCCCAAACCACCUCAACUACAAGGGCAAUACCACGCCAAAGAAUGAGAAGUACACACCAAUGGAGUUUAAGACACUGAAUAAAAACAACCUGCUGCCCGAUGAAAGAUCCAAUUUCUACCCAACACCGCUCCAGCAGACGAACGUCUACACCACCACCUACUAUCCCACAGCGCUCGGCAAAUUUGACUACCAGCCCAACUCAUCCCCAUCACCGUGCAGGACCUACAACCACACUAACAAUAGCUGAGACCCGCCCCAAAUCCGGCUCUCCACCCCGCUGCCCCAAACGGACGCCACCCCCCAAUGCCAUGGUGACAUAACUGAACCGACAUGAACUGAAGUGUUUUUCAGAGCUUGGCCAAGUUCCUCUGAUCACCAUCGCCCCCUGUCUUUGCUUUCUAGCCUCUUCUCAUUUGUUUUUAAGGGUCUUUUGGGAACUUUCCAUCAGGAGAUCUGGAUUGGAGAAGAAUGCCCCUGUCCUAUUAUAGUCGGGAACUUAUGCAAGCAGCUGGGGCUGUGUUGUUGUAAAGGCCCGACUGGAUAAAGCAGUGUCAACUCUCAGCUUCAUGCAGAGAACUAGUGGAAAACUCUACGAGGACGAGUAACGGCUUUAGACAGAUUGUUAUUACCGCGCACUUCAGUGCAGAUGCCGGGUCGGUCGAGCAUCCGCACUUCCAGAGGCUAACACGAACACAAUAAAUUUAAAAAGAAGAAACAUUUCUGUGGAUCUGGGUCACCGUUUUAUGCCUCUCCAUCACAAACCACAUUCUCAGCCUGUAAUGAACUUCGAGUCCCUCGACAGCAAAAGCAGUUACAGAGAACAAAAAGCACGUAUAGCUACGUCCUGGCCACACAGCACAAAGCAAGAGAACAACAGUAAAAAACAGAAAGCUCAAUGAAGUCAAUGCUGGAGUAAAUUAGAGAUCAAUAUCAGCUCGGUUGUUUGGGGGAGGGGGACCCACGCCCUUCAUUGUUGCUAUUUCACACGACAGAAAAGAUAAGAAGUUUGGAGUUGAUUAGGGUUUGACUUCACAUCAUCCUCAGUCGAAGGAGAAAUAUACCGCUUAUGAUUCGAGUCCCUUGUCUUUAGUGGGCAGGGAUAUAUCGACUCCUACAGUCAAAGCACGGAGCGUUGGAAGCGUUCUGAACUGUAAAAGCUUUGGGAAUUCCGUGGGUGCCUGUAUGCAAUAGAAGGCAGGGGCGAGAUUUGUUUUAUUUCUACUUUUUUUUUCUCUAUUUUUUGUUUUCCUUUUCAAGAACAAUACAGACUUCUGGAAGGGAAUUGAUUGAUUCUCCAAUUGAUUCUCCAAUGGAUGCAUCGAUUCUGCUGAGUGCUAAAUAGCCCGGUGGUCAUAUCAAAUAUGGCCAGUGUGCUGAACAAGUGGACUGGAUUUUCUAUGAUGGUAGAAUAAGCUAGUAGAUUGUCACUUGUUCAUUUUCCUCUUUUUUUUUAAAUGUUUGUUUUUCUAAGAUGAUAAUUGUUUUAUGCUCAGAUGAGCUGUAGCAUAGGAAGAAAUAUUUUGUUAAAUAAGAUAACUAAUUAUUUCUUGUUUCUCUAAUUUCCAUUUCACUGAAUGAACACAUUCCUUUUGUUUUUGAUUGUUCGGCUUUGCGACCAUUGCAUCUUCGAUACAUGAAAUGUUAACACACACAAAAAAAUAAAAGGAUUUCAAUUAUAUUGUUUUUGCAAAGAAUGUCAAAAAAUAUCCAUCUGGGCCCUCUUGAAGAGAAAAGAAAAUUGCUAAAUUACGCUUGCCUAAGUUUACCAGUGAACAUCAAAAGGGAUGCAUGCGUGUUUGAAUGUAAGUGUGCUUGAAUGAGCAAAGAGAGCCUACUGUAUUUUGUACAAUGUAAAUGCUUUCAUACAUAUGACUAUGACGUCUGUAAAGCGCGCGCGCGCGUGUGUGUGUGUGUGUGUGUGUGCGCACCUUUCCACAUUCUGUUGCAGGCAUUCUACUGUUUCCUUUUCCUGUUUCAUGUAUGAGAUGUUAAUCAUUGUAAGUUAAAGCAUCACACCUCUGGUCCGUGCGGAGGUGGAAAGGACGUUAUUUAUAGUCAAAGCUUGGUUUAUAAAGGGCAUUGUCACAGCUAUAUUUUAUUAUUAUUGCCUGAUCGAUGAAUGCUAACCCAGCAAUGCUUUUCAGUUCAGCUAAUGUACAUGCACGAGAUGAGAGCUCUAUCUGUAUAUAGGAGCGACAGCCUUCUACCCAUUUAAUGUCCUUGAAGACAGUUGUGUAUAUGUAUCUGUAUAUUGUAUAGCUAACACUGUUUGUUUAAAAAAAAGCCUUAUAGUUGUUUAAAGAAAAAAAAGUACAGCAGCUAAGUACACACCAACCAUGAGGUUUGUUUGGGGACAGAGCUCCACAAUGUGACCGACCGCUUGUGACUUGUGACCUUUCCCAGCUGCUCAAACAUCAAAUCUCCAGAGUCACAUGAACCUGGAAUGAAAAUAACCCACCAAUGAGAAUACCGCGUAUUAUACGCUGGAAAUGAUCAUUUAUAACGGUGAUAUGAAAUUUAAAAAGAUGUCAUUUUGAUGUAAACUAAGCUUGUGGUCAGACGGGCGUUCAACUGAUUGGUCGAUCUCGAGCUCUGUCCCCUGCGAUGUGAGGCUCUGUGUCCUUCUAUGCAACUUACCAGGUGUACUGUUAGACCUGUCAUGUAGACAAAUGUAUAGUAAUCACUGCCUUUUAGACACUGUGAAUUUUUGGUACCCUAUAUUUUUGUAUAUUGUACAUUAUCAAAGGACAAUAAACCUUGAUGCCAACAUAAAAA